AGUAAGUGUCACUAUGGAUUUAUAUUUGUGUCGGAUAGAAUACGUCGAGAGCUACGCCGGCGGACAAUUUAUUUCAAUUAUCAUGAAUAAGCUCAGUGGAGACGCUGUGUGUUAUUGCUUGUUCUAGAAAAACAUAUCAACUAUAUAAAUCGUCAAUAAAAAAGUUUAUAACGAGUGCCGUGUAACGAAUAAUGGUUUGGGAAGAAACGAUAGUGACGUCUCUCGAUUCAGCCUUGGAUAUUAUGGUUACGAGAAAAAGUGUAUUUUGAAAAUAUACCAAGUGUUUUCUUGUAAAAAACGUCUGUGAAGUAUUCAUCGACUGUGUGGUGGUUUUGUUCGAGGUUUUGGUGUUGUAUAUCGGUGUUAUGUCGGGUGGCAGAAGCAUCGACAAGGAGCGAAAGUCUCCUCGGGAAAGCGGGGAGGACUCGGAGGACGAGAGCGAGAUCCUCGAGGAGAGCCCCUGCGGUCGAUGGUUGAAGCGCCGGGAAGAGGUUGAGCAGCGCGAUGUGCCCGGCAUCGACUGCGCGAACCUCGCGAUGGACACCGAGGAGGGUGUGGAGGUGGUCUGGAACGAGGUGCAGUUCUCCGAGCGCAAGAAUUUCAAGGCGCAGGAGGACAAGAUACAGAUGGUGUUCGACAACCUCACCAGGCUGGAGCACCCCAACAUCGUCAAAUUCCACCGGUACUGGACCGACACACACAACGAUAAGCCUAGGGUAAUAUUCAUAACGGAGUACAUGUCGUGUGGCUCCCUGAAGCAGUUCCUCAAGCGAACCAAACGGAAUGUCAAGAGACUGCCGCUGCAGGCGUGGAAGAGGUGGUGCACGCAGAUACUCUCAGCGCUCAGCUAUCUACAUGGCUGCGUGCCGCCGAUCGUCCACGGCAACCUGACGUGCGACACCAUCUUCAUCCAGCACAACGGGCUCGUGAAGAUUGGCUCCGUGGCGCCCGACGCCAUUCACCAUCACGUCAAGACCUGCCGGGAGAACAUGAGGAAUAUGCACUUCAUUGCUCCCGAAUACGGAUCAUCACAAAUGGUGACGCCAGCGAUGGAUAUCUACUCGUUCGGAAUGUGCGCUUUGGAGACCGCAGCACUUGAGAUUCAGGGCAAUGGUGACUCUGGCAGCCACGUCACGGAGGAACACAUCGUACGGACUGUUGAAUCAUUGGAGGAAACGCGCCAGAAGGACUUUAUAUACAGGUGUAUAAACAAGGAUCCUACGAAGAGGCCGACCGCCAGGGAGCUGCUGUUCCACCCCCUCCUAUUCGAAGUGCACUCUCUGAAACUAUUAGCUGCACACACCCUGGUCAACACCACAGCGAACAUUUCGGAGACGAUAACGGAUGAGGUAGCGGGUGGCGCCAGCGGUGAGGCGCUCGCCUGGUGCAUCAAGCAGGGCGAGCGGGCCGAGCUGGCCGCUAAGGACCUGCAGCCACAUGCGGAGAAACUGGAGAAGUUCGUGGAGGAUGUCAAAUACGGCAUCUACCCGCUGACGGCGUACGGGCCGGCGCUGCGCGGGCGCGGGCGCGCGGCGUCCCCGCUGGAGCGCCUGGCGGAGUCGCUGCCCGCCUCGCCCGAGCCGCGCGACCUGGAGACCCGCCGCGUCGUCAACAUGAUGUGCUCGCUCAAGCCGCACCCGCACCCGCAGCCCGACGCCACGCCCGCGGACCUGCUCAUGACGAUCCUGCUGCGCAUGGACGACAAGAUGAACCGCCAGCUGACGUGCGCCGUGUCCCGCCGCGACACCGCCUCCGCGCUCGCGCACGAGCUCGUGCAGCUGGGCUUCAUACACGAGGCGGACCGCGACAAGCUGAGCCGGCUGAUGGAGGAGUCGCUCCGCAGCAGCUUCGGGCCGGGCGCGGGGGCGCGGGCG